AAUGUUAAUUAAAUGAGAAAUUGCCUUAUUUAUUAUUUAAUAUUUGCUUUCCGCUAAACAAAAGCUAAUACUUAUCUCAAGCAUUUAUCGUGAGAUAUUAAUUUGAGCAUUGUUUGGAUAAACAAAAAUAAAUAAGAAUGGUUUCUGAAGAGCUCAAUACGGAUAUCGAACUGGCCUCAGAAGUUAUACCGGUGCCCCAAAUUCAACCCGAGGCCAAGGCUCUAAAUGUCUUAAACGCUACUAACGAAGAAUCAAAUAAUAUUCAUCAUGGGAAAAUACGACAUAGGAAAAAAGCACUUCACGCCGCUAUUCUUAAACAAAUGGAGUUCUAUUUUGGUGAUUCAAAUUUAAGCAAAGACAGAUAUCUUGCGGGACUUAUUAAGAAGGAGCCAAAUAUUGAUCUAGAAGUGUUUUUAAGAUUCAAUAAAAUUAGAUCAUUAACUACUGACGUUAAUAGAAUUAUUAAUGCGCUUAAAAAAUCUACGAUACUAAAAGUGUCCGAGGAUGGUACCAAAGUUUUUCGCGUAACACCAAUCGCAGAGAAACAAAAUAUUGAUGAAUGUACGGUGUAUAUUCAGAGAUUGCCAUCGGAUGCCGAUCACGAGUGGCUGACUACUCUUUUCUCCGAAUAUGGACCAGUUGCUUAUGUGUCGAUUCCAAAAUUCAAAUAUAACCAUAAAAUUAAGGGCUUUGCAUUUAUCGAAUUUGAAACACCAGAAGCUGCUGAGAAAUGUUUAAAGGCGUUUAGAGCAAAAGGUUGUGAAUUACCGUCGCAAACCUCACCAAUGGAUGUCUUGAGCAUUACAACUUAUACAGAGGAAAAUAAACAAGACGAGAACGAUUUACAUACUUUUCGAAAACCUAAUGAAAAUAAUUAUGAUAGCAAAGUGAAUGGAGAUAAUGUGCAAAAAGAUAAGCCUUUGGAAUAUGAAAAGUCUAAAGUUAAGAGAAAAAGAAAAAAAUCGAUGAAAACAGAUGAUGCUGGUGAUUCAGGAACCGAUCAGUCGGAUACGACAAAAUCAAAAAAAAGAAAGAAUACCGAUAGUGAUAAAGAAUUAAAUACAUACCUUUCUGAUUCAAAUGUAGAAGACGAAAAGCGUGGUAAGAAACGAAAGAAUAGAUUAUCUUUAGAAGAGAUUCACGAUUCGGGUAAUGAAUCACACAAAAUUCUUAAAGAAAGCUGCAAAAAACAAAAAAAAAUAAAAUCUGAAGAGACUGUGCAAAUCCCAAUUCAAACAGAAAGUAUAACAACUGAAGAUAAUAGAGAAAUUGCUGAAUAUUCAAAUGAAGAAGAUCUAUCCGAUAAAAGAAAGAAUCUUAAAGAAAGUUAUAAAAAACAAAAAAAAAUAAAAACCGAAGAAAUUGAAGUGAAAAUUGAACAUGGAUCCCUUAAAGCAGAGGCUGCCGACACAUUAGAUAACGAAGAGCCGGUUGAGUAUUCAAACGGGGAUGUAUCCGAAAAGAAGAAAAAAAAGAAGAGAAAACGGAAACAUCAUGGUGCUUAUGAAGUACUGGAAACUGCGGACAUGGGAUUACAAGUUAUGGGUAAAAGAGAUUGGAAAAAAUUACGAAAUAAAUAUUUAGAGCUUCAAAGAUCAAAAAUGAAACAGUUAAAGCAACAUAUGAGAAGAGCACGAAGGAAUCAGUGGGGCGAUAGAAAUAAAAUUGAAGUCGAACACGAGGAAAGUGUUGACAGUAAAAAAGAAAAACCAGCUUCAAAUUUAGAAUUCGUACCAGGUGUCAUAGUAAAAGUGGAGUUCAACGAACCCUGUGUAGAUGUCAAAGAUUUCAAGCUCGAACUUAAAAGUAAUAGUAACAUUAAAUACAUAGAUAUAAAAGAAGGCGCACACGAAGCUUUUAUUCGAUGCGACUCGUCAGAAGCUACGGCAACAUUGGUACAAAAAUCUAAUGAAACCAAACAUUUUACAGUGUUAACUGGAGAUGAAGAGAAAAGUUAUUGGGAUAAGAUUGUAAAGGAUCGAGAAGAGAAAAUUGGCAAUAAAAUUCGAGUAAAGCAAAGAGGACGUAAUAAAUUAUUGAAAAAAGCCGAAAAAGAAUUGGGAAAACACAUUAAAUUUGACGAAGUUUAAAAUAAAUUGAUAUUUAAUUUAUAAUGAUAAGUAUGUAUUAUAUUUCAUCUGUCAAGC